UGUUUCAACACAAACACUGGCUGGGUGAAGGAGUUCCAAGUCGUCUUUUCAUUCCCCCCCGAAUCACAUUAAAAAGGUGUGCGAUGCUGGUGAUGCAGUUGCUGAGGGGCGCAGUAAAGCAUGCUGGGAGCAGUCCCCAGUGCAGCAUUGAGGGAUUGAUCUCGGCAGUACGAGGUAUCAGCUCAUCCUCACGACACUUUGGGAAAACUCAUCCACCGCCCUGCACUGAUAUCGAUCACCCCAAAAUCCUCAUCACUGGAGGGCUUGGUCAGCUAGGGGUCGGGCUCGCCAAGUUGCUGAGGAGACGAUUCGGGAAAAACAACGUGAUCCUGUCUGACAUCAGGAAACCCCCCAACCAUGUCUACCAUAAUGGUCCGUUCAUCUUCUCCGACAUCCUGGACUAUAAGAACCUCAGGGAGAUCGUGGUGAACAACAACAUCAGCUGGCUGGUUCACUACUCAGCUGUGCUGUCCGCUGUGGGGGAGAGCAACGUUGCGCUGGCCAAAGAGGUCAACAUUACAGGUCUCCAUAACAUAUUAGACAUAGCAACCGAACAUGGUCUACGUCUGUUUGUCCCCAGCACGAUCGGUGCCUUCGGGCCGUCCUCGCCCCGGGACCCCACCCCCGAGCUGUGCGUGCAGAGGCCGCGCACCAUCUACGGCGUGUCCAAGGUCCACGCGGAGCUGAUGGGUGAGUACUACCACCACAGGUAUGGGCUGGAUUUCCGCUGUCUCAGGUAUCCCGGAAUCAUCUCGGCCGACUCCCAGCCUGGAGGAGGAACCACAGACUACGCGGUCCAGAUCUUCCACGCAGCUAUGAAGACAGGUUUUUUUGAGUGCAACCUGCGCAGUGACACACGGCUUCCUAUGAUGUACAUUGACGACUGUCUCAGGGCGACUCUGGAGGUCCUGGAGGCUCCCGCGGAGUCCCUGAGCAGCCGCACCUACAACAUCAACGCCACGAGUUUUACACCGCACGACCUCAUCCUGGAGAUACAGAAAGCCCUGCCUGACCUCAAGGUCAUCUACAACGUGGACCCGGUCCGGCAAGCCAUAGCGGACGGCUGGCCGAUGGCGUUGGAGGACGGUGCAGCGAGGCGGGACUGGGGCUGGAAGCACGAGUACGACCUCUCCGAGCUGGUUCGGACCAUGCUGACUCACAUCGCUACGGGCAACCAGCUCGCACAAGCCUACUGAGCCUUUUGGUAGCAAUUUUUUUUUUUUUUUUUUUUUUGCAACCCCAUACGAAGCUUUAUUUGACUGUGAAUGUGACACAGCUGAUUUAAGAGGACGCUUAACCUUCACUCUUACACUCUUACAACAAAAAAUAAUCAGACAGGUUAGGAUUAGGAUUUAGAUUAUUCAAAUGAAAAUAAGAUAUGACCCUCCAUAUCAGAGGCAUGAAACCAUUCCAGACCUCCUCAUCCGUCCAUCUCAUCUCUCUGUGUCUUCUCUCUUCUUGUCAAUCCAUCCAGCUUUUGUGUGAAACCAAUCUGAUGCAAGAGCAUGCUGGGUAGGAUCACCACGUUACUGAACUGUUAAAGAGAGUUGAGUCCUCUCUCUUGGAAUGUACUGUAUGUAUUUAAUGUAACUGAGUAUUCAGAUGACUUUGCCAGCCUGCUGUAUAUGCAUCGGUCAUCUGUAGCAGCUAGACGCUUGCCUUAAAGCUGCCAUCCUGAAAAACCCGUUUGGCUUUGAGCCCUAGCUGCACUCCCAGCUGGUCACCAAUAUGUACUGUAAGCAUAAACGCUCAAAAGGCUUUACCUCGGUUGCUGUUACUAUAGAAAACGGUAACCCUAGCUAGUGGUACUGUAGGGAUAGUUUUAAAGGUGCUCGGACCGUAGUUGCCUAACAUGAAAAUAAGUGUUUUCGUUCGAUGAUGGCUUCUGAAAGCUACUUCACCUUUGAACUACCGUAGGUGCUUUUAAUAUUUAUGUUGUUUUAUUUCUGUUUGUAGGAUUUUUAGUGUUUCUCUCUGUUCGGAAGCUGCCGUCCUCUGCGCUGAAUAUUUAUGAAUGUUGAAUCAACGAAUGCGUUAGCAGUCCCUUUCGUUCACUGAGGGGAAAUGAAGCUCUUCAGUUUCCCAGCUGUACUUCUAAGGGCUUAGAUCUGUCCAUUAGUUUUGGUUUUUUAAAAUAUGUAUGUUAUUUAUAAUGCUAUUCUUUGCAGCCUUUUCUGUCAAAACCGAAAUGACUUCUUUUUUUCAAAUAAAUACUUGAAUGAA